GAAUAGAACAAGCCUUAUUGUUUCAUUAAACAGCCAUCUGAAAAGAUAUAUACAUAAAUGUUAUAUACAUACGUAUAUGAUGAUUCAUAUUGUCAUUAACACAACCUAAAAUAAAAUUUAUAUUUUAUUUAAUGAGAAAUGAUCACGUAAAUUUGACUGAUAAAAAGUAUUAAUUAUGCGUAUCAUUUAUAAUUUACUGUCAUUAUAAUUUGUAUUUAUUUUUGUAACAAUGGAAAAAGAAAGGUUCACUAUGCUCCUUUUAGAACCUGGAGAGAUAUUUUUUGAAGAUUAUAGUGUUCAAAUGAAAUUAUUUGAUAAUUCUACUUCAGAAGAACAAAAUUGGAAAGAUGGAAGAUUAAAAUUAUGUUCAAAAUCAUUAGUAUUUGUAAAUAAAGAUAUUAAUCAGCCUUUAAUUAAGAUUCAACUUAAAGAAACUCUAACUAUUGAUCAAUGUCAAUCCAACAAUGAUAUAGCAAAAUGUGGCAAUAUAUUAUUGGUUCAAUGUAAGCAGUAUGUAAAGAUGCUAGAGAAGAAUAUACUUGCACCAUAUAAAUUUAUACAUCAAAAUGCUACUUUUCAUUUUUUCUUUAAUUAUGCAAAAAUAGAUGAUUACCUUCCACAUAUUCUACAACUAUUUAGAGCAGCUACUUUACCAACUGCUGAACAAAAUGCUAUGAUUAUGGCUAUUGUACAUUCUCGACAAUCUAGAGUAUCAUUUGAUACUUCAUGGUUAGAGGAUUUGUAUGAACAGGUAGUGUUAGAAAUUCAAGCAAAUAAAGUGUUACCUCUUGUUAUAAAUCCAGGAAGAAUACUUUUAACAACUUCAAGAAUUUAUUUUCAACCUUAUAAUAAUUUAGAUCAACAUCCAGUUCUAAAAAUACAACUGAAAGAUAUUAUUAAUAUCAAUAAAAGACGAUUUCUUCUAAGUCAAAUUGGGCUUGAAAUUAAAUGGUUACGUCAACCUGAAAAUAAGGCUGAACAUUUAUUUAUAUCAUUAAAAAAUCAAAAUGAUAGAGAUGAAUUAUAUACAAGUUUAUUAAAUCAACCUACAAUUUCUUUAGAAAGAGUACCUCAAGAUCAAAUGACUAUGAGAUGGCAAAAUGGUUCUUUAUCAAAUUAUGAUUAUCUUUUGUAUAUUAAUAGUUUAGCAGAUAGAACUUUUCAUGAUUUAACUCAAUAUCCAGUUAUGCCAUGGGUAUUACAAGAUUACACAUCUACUACAUUGGAUUUAAAAGAUCCUAGAAUAUAUAGAGAUCUUUCGAAACCUAUUGGAGCUCUUGAAUCAAAUCGGCUAGAAAGAUUAAAGGAACGAUAUUUAGAAAUGUCAGAACCAAAAUUUUUGUAUGGUUCUCAUUAUAGUGCACCUGGAUUUGUAUUAUUUUAUUUAGUACGAAAGUAUCCUCAGUACAUGCUUUGUUUACAAAAUGGAAGAUUUGAUCAUCCAGAUAGAAUGUUUAAUAGUGUAGCUGACGUAUGGAAAAAUGUUUUGGUGAACAUGUCUGACUUUAAAGAACUGAUCCCGGAAUUUUAUGACAUAAACAAUGGUGGUGAUUUUUUAAUAAAUAGUUAUGGUAUUGAUUUUGGUUAUCGAUAUGAUGGAACAAAAAUAGGAGAUGUACAAUUACCACCAUGGGCAAAUGGACCAGCUCAUUUUGUACAAAUAUUAAGAAAUGCUUUAGAGAAUGAUUAUGUUUCUCAAAAUCUUCAUCAUUGGAUUGAUUUAAUUUUUGGAUAUAAACAAAGAGGAAUUGAAGCAGAGAAAGCUAAUAAUGUAUUUUUCCAUUUAUGCUAUGAAGGAGCAGUAGAUUUAGAUACUAUUAGAGAUAUUAAUGAUAGACAUGGUUUGGAAAUACAAAUCAUGGAGUUUGGUCAAAUACCAAAACAAAUUUUUACUUUGCCACAUCCAAAACGUUCAAUGUUUAUUUUGGAUAAAUUAUAUACUGAAAUUGAUUCAAUAUCAAUUAAAAACGAAAAAGAAAAUGAGGAAAAUCCUAUAGAGAUUUUCGAAUUAUAUGAAUUAAUAAUGUUUCAAUCUCAUAAAGAAAGUGUAAGUAGUAUUAUUAUAACGAAUAAGGAAGAAAUAAAUGAAGUAAUAUCAGUAGGACAAGAUGGAAUGCUUAAAUUAUAUAGUAUAAAAAAUAAAAAAUUAAUGCGUAAUGUACCUUUAUCAUCAUUACCACUUUCCUCUUGCAUAUCAUAUUAUACAUCUUCUCAUCGCAAUAUAUUAGUUGCCGGUUCUUGGGAUAAUACAUUAAUAUUCUAUGAUAUUGAAUUUGGUAGAAUAAUAGAUGUACUUCAAGGCCAUGAAGAUGCUGUUUCUUGUUUAGCAUUAAGUACUACUCGUCAGGUUAUUAUCUCUGGUUCAUGGGAUUGUACAGCAAAAGUUUGGCAAAGUUAUUCUUCUGGGACAAAAAUUAAACCAGCUGAGUGCCUUAUAGCACAAUUAGAUCAUGAUUCUAAAGUAACUUGCAUCAAUAUAUCAGGAGACGAAACGUUAUUAAUAUCUGGCACAGAAGAUGGAGAAAUUUUUUUAUGGAAUAUGGAUACAUAUAAUCUUCAAUUCACUGUAAAAGCACAUAAUUGUAAAAUAAAUGCAAUGGUAUUUGAUCAAGAAGGAAAAAGUAUAAUAUCAUGUGCAAAGGAUAAAAUGUUAAACAUUAUUGAUAUUUAUACGAGUACUCAGAUUUAUCGUAUAACUCUAGAAUAUGAACCUUUAACAUUAACAUGGUUCAAAACCUUUUUAUUAAUAGGAGAUAACAAUGGUAAUAUUAAUGUUUGGAAUCGUCAAGGAGCAAUUUUUAUUACGCAAAUACAUUGCCAUGAUGGUCCAAUUAAUACAUUAUCAGUAUCAACAGAAAAUAAUAUAAUCUUAACCGGUGGAAAAGAUAAAAAGAUAAUUGUGUGGAAUUGUAAAAAUGUAUAAUUAGUAAUAUUUUCAAUGAAAGAUCUUUUAAUUAUAAAUUUAAUUAUUAAU